CAAAAACAUUGAACCCUUCUGAGCCUCCACCUUCCAUGGCUCUUUUCAUUUCAUUUCCUCACUCUUCCCUUUAAAUUAUUUUCCUAGAAAUGUUGUCUCUCUGCAUAUUCCUCUACUCCUUUUAAGCCCCUCUGUCUACUUCCCACAAGACUCAUAGAAAGUCUUCUUCUUCUUCUCCUUCUUCUUCUUAUUAUUCUUGUACAUAGGACUCAAGAACCCCAAGAAUCAAGAUGGGUUUUUCUAUGGAAGAGAAAUCAAUAAGAGUAUUGAGAGUUAUAAAGACUCUCUUCUUCUUGAUUGCUAUGUUGAUCUCUUUCCUUUUUUUCUCUGUUCCUGUUCUUCUUGUUAUUGCUGACACCCUUCUUCCCUUUUCUCUUCUCUCUGCUUCUCUUUCCCCUUCUUCUUUAUCAUUCAAAACCCUCUCUUCCCAUUUCAAUAACUAUGAUUUUAGAUACUCUCUCAUUGAUAUUCCCCUCAUAUCCAUCAUAAGAUCAGCAGUCAUCAUCUGUGUUUACAGCUUGUGUGAUGGACCCAGGCUUUCAAGAGGGCCAUACUUGGGGAUUACCACUAUAUGUUCUGUGUUAUCUCUAAUUUAUGUGUCAUUAAAAGCACCAUAUGUGUUUAGUGUUUCAAGUAUUGAUAGAGGAGAGUAUGCAAAAGCCAUGGAAAUUGCCUUGUUUGUUUGCUCAUGGCUCUUAGCAAUUGGUCAUAUUAUUGUGGCUUAUAGAACAAGUUGCAGAGAAAGAAGAAAGCUUCUGGUCUACAAAAUUGAUAUUGAAGCUGUUUCUACUUUCAAGAAUGGGUUUCCUGGGUAUAAAAAAAUUCCAAAACAAGAGAGAAUCAAGUGAUUUCAGCAGCAACAAUCAAUGAAGAACUAACAACAUUAGAUAGACUUCUUCUUCAUCUUUUCCUUCUUAUUUGCAAAGCAUGUUCUUCAGUAUCCAGUCCAGUUGCAGGUAAUUUUUGAAAAUAAUUUUCACAAUGGCCCAAUGGGCUAUACCCCAUUUGAAAGUGGCACUAUAUGUCUGAAUUGGGAUUUUUUGGGCACAGGUUUUCCAAAGGAAACUUGCAAGCUAGAGAUUUACUGAAGAAGCAAAAUUAACAAAAGGGAUAGAGAGUAUAUUUAUGACAUUCCCAUAUGUCAAUUUAAUACCAAUUGUAUACUCAUGGUUUUUGUAUCACUAUAGAGGUUGUGGCUUGAGGAUGAAAAUUCUAACAUGUACAGAUUUUGUAUUUUCAGUGAAAAAUGUGCAAAGGGUGAUUGCAUAUAUACUAUCCAACACCCUUGUUGUGAAACCUAAUUGUUAAAGCUUUUAGUGAUUGUUUCCUACUA